AUGGUCAAGGCAAUCUAUCUUCAUGAUGCAGACCAGUGGGAAAAUGCGCGACAAGAAGCAGCGAAUCUUCAAAGUCUCGAUCACGCGAACGUGGUCCGAUUCAUCGACUUUCUGGAUCGACAAACUCCAGAUUGGGCGUUUGGGUCCAUGUGCUUCAUUAUCAUGGAGUACUGCGCUGGAGGCAGUCUUGCCGACUGGAUCCAGAAGAUGAAAGAUGCCGGCCGAAAGCCGACGAUGGAAGAGGCGACUCUCAUCGGUGCUCAAAUCAUCUCUGGUUUGAGCUACUGCCACGAGAGGAAGAAGCUUCACCUUGAUUUGAAGCCCGAAAAUAUCUUUGUCCAGUCUGACUUUAUAACCGUCAAACUGGGUGAUUUCGGCAGCACCCAGUCGGUCCGCUCGAUUCAACAAACCAUGACAACGUCGAGCGACAGCCCCAUAAAGUGCACUCCUCUUUACGCUGCACCAGAAAUUUACCACGAGGAAGAGGCAAAAAUAUCACCAAGACUGGACGUUUGGGGAUUUGGUUUAAUUCUGCAGGAAGUAUUGACAUUGGAGCAUGCUUUCGGCCGUGUUGAUGGAAGAACAGCGUUUACCGGAGAGAUUCUGACAAACAUCCAAACAGGAAAUCGAACGUCGCUCUUUGAAAUUUUCGGCGAAACGAACGAGUUUGAAGAGUUUGAAAAUCUUCUUCAAAAAUGCACUUAUCUUAACCGCAAGCGACGCCAUAGGAACGCGGUCGAGCUCAGGGCUGAAUCUCUCUUCGUUGAUUUCUUACAGCGAAUUGAAAACGGCGAACGACCGAGCAACAUCGUUCCCCCUCCCUUUCCAAAUGAGAAUGAUAAGGUUCAGCGACUCACGGAAGAGAUUGAGCAGAAAGACAGGACAAUCGCACAACUUCAGCGUCGACUUGACACUUUCAACGAAAUCAUGGAAGAUCGACUUAGAGACGAAGCGAAGCAAAAAAAUAAAGAAAUCGCGAAAAUGAAUUUCGAGAAACUCUCCGCGAAGUUUUAUCAUGGGGAUAAUUGGGAGGUCGCCGAAGGAGGCUGGCACUUGCAAUUCAAAGGAGGGAAUGGAAAAGGAUCAGAUGAUUUUUAUUACUUGUCAAUCUGGAACAAAGAACGCGGCAGAAGAUUCAGAGCCGUAGCGCAGCAAAUUAAUUGGAUGACUGGAGAAGAAGUGAAUCGACGAGAAAUCGAAAGCAAGGCGGAUGGAGGGCGACAAACCAUCAAAUACGAAAGGGAAACUUGUUAUAUUUAUGUGAGAUUUAAUAUUUACUUUCUGUAA